UUUGCUGCCAUUUCCCUUUUCACUUCAUAUAAAUCUCAUUUCAUACUCUCUCUCAAUCUCUCCCAUGGUUGAAACCCCAAAUCAGAUUCUACAAAUCCAGGGCCUAAUCUUCAAAUAUUCCGCCAUUUCCACUUGAUUUCACCUUCAAUUUCAUCACAUCUACAACUAAAACCGAUUACAUUCUGAAUAAUUCGAGUAAAUUUUGGUAUCUCUGUUGUUAUUAUGAAGGAUUUUCCUUCUUGUUUCGGCGAAAAUGGCGUCCAAAUUGCAGAUUCAUCAUCUUCUUCUUCAUCAUCAUCUUCAAGUAUCAGUAAAGCCGCUCAAAACCUAGUCACCUGCGUCUACCAGUGCAAAUUACGCGGGCGAUUAAGCUUCAUCGUCCUAACAUGGACCAAGCAUUUGAUGGGACAAGGCCUCUCACUCCAGAUCCAAAAUUCCACCAGUCAAUCCCUCUGUAAAGUCGAUAUUAAGCCAUGGCUUUUCUCAAAGAAGAAAGGAUCUAAGAUUUUCGAGAUCGAGUCGAGCAAAAUGGAGAUACAUUGGGACUUAACAAACGCGAAAUUCGGCUGUGGACCGGAACCAGAGGAAGGAUUCUUCGUGGCUGUAGUGUUCGAUCGAGAGCUCAUAUUCUUCGUCGGCGAUUCACCGUCCGAGAAAAUCGCGGCGGUUUCCGCCGCAGCGGCGGUGUUUGUAGCGAGGAGAGAACACGUAUUCGGGAAGAAAUUGUACUCGGCGAAGGCUCAAUUCAGCGAGAAAGGUGAAACGCAUAAUGUUUCGAUUGAAUGCGAUACUAGUGGGGGAUUGAAGGAACCGAGUUUAGUGAUUCGGAUUGAUAGCAAGACGGCGAUGCAGAUCAAGAGAUUGAAAUGGAAAUUCAGAGGUAAUGAUACGAUUGUUGUGGAUGGAAUUCCGGUGCAGGUAAUGUGGGAUGUUCAUAAUUGGUUGUUUGGGAAUUCCGCCAUGAGUAGUGCUGUGUUCAUGUUUCAAACUCAUAAGAGCAGUGGAAGCCAUAGCCAAUCAUCUGUGUUAAAUUCUUCUUCGUCUUCUUCUUCUUCUUCUUCUUCAUACUGUCAACAACAGAUUAAAGAUUCAAAGUUGCAGGGUUUGGAUUUCUCCUUGAUUUUAUAUGCUUGGAGGAAUGAAUGAAUACAGAUAUAGUUCAAUCUUUUUGUUUCAUGGAGGAUCAAUCACUGCUAAACUAAGUGAUUUUAAGUUUUUUUUUCUCCCCUUUUGGGGUAUAAAUUAAAUUGCUUGUACACCUUAAUUAAAUCGGGUGUGUUUGUUAUAA